UCUCUCGCUUACACUGUUAACUUCAUUCCAGGCUUCGUCUGUAUUAAGCUCUCUGACUUCAUUUCUCUCAAAAUAUUUUGAUCAAAAAAUGGCGGUUUCUGGGUCUUUGGUUGGACCAAGCGUAUUCUCUGCACUAUUUCUGAGACCCACAAGGCCAAGCCUUAGCUGUAAAAAACAUUUCUGUCUGAGAGCCUCUGCCGAAACCUUGGACGAUGAGGAAUGUAAAACGAUGAUAACGAAACAAAAUGAUGGCUGGAAGAUCGAUUUCUCCAGGAAGAAACCGGACACGCCAUUGUUGGACACCAUCAACUACCCUGUUCAUCUGAAGCAUUUAUCCACAAGCGACCUUGAACAACUGGCAGCAGAGCUUCGAGCCGAAAUUGUGCACUCUCUAUCAGAGACCGGUGGGCAUCUUAGCUCAAGCUUGGGAGUAGUGGAGCUCACAAUAGUUUUGCACCAUGUGUUCGACACACCUCAAGAUAAAAUUAUAUGGGACGUCGGCCAUCAGAGAGUUAGACUAAACUUCGAACAACGAAAGCAAGAAAUCUCCAUUUUCCCCUUAUUUAGUUGAGUCCAAUUCACGACUUGUUCUCCAAGAAGUCUUCCGAUGAUUUUUGGACCAAUUCGACUUUGAAACGGCUUUUCAUGAGGUCGAUCCCUCUGCCUUUACCGACGAAGCAUAUUAGGGCGAAGCUUGCACGGUAAGCUGACUGAGGUCACAGGGUCGGAAGGAAGCGAGGUGAAGCUGGUACCACGGGCAGAAGUUGGCGAUACUGGACUAGAUACCAGCUUUUAUUUUAUGAGCCAUUAAACUCAUUUCCAGUGCUUGGAAGAUCAAUUUUGUAUAUCUGGCCAACAUUUGGUUCCUUGACUUGCAUCUCAACAAUGUUUAAUCUUUUCUUAAUGCAAAAAAUGGGGGUGGUUUUAUUUUGUUUUCAACCUUAACCACUUUGGGAGCAAGUAUGAGUUUGGAUAGGAGGGAUUAAAUUGUCUUGCGCCCAUUGGCGGGAUUAAAUCGAUGUUUACUCGAAAAUGUUUUACCCCCAACAAAUAUUUUCAGCCUUCCAAACAACAGAAAAUGGGGACAAAGUUUUCCGAAAUGCUAUUUACAACAUACCAAACGGAUCCUCAU